CUGGUGACAGAAAGACGGACCGACAGACGGACGCCGCUUCCCCUCCGCGCUCACGCCAGUCGGUCGCGCGUUACCAAGCUAAGUGGAUGGGCUCGCGAGUGCGCUCCCGUUGAAAAAGUUCUCUCUUAACCCGUCACGGCGCACGAGAGAGGCCGCCAGUACUCUCUCUUCCUACGCACGCACGCACGCAUACACGGUGUACCUAUCCGCGCGUUCUCUCCCCGUCUCGUGGUGAACACGCGCGCCUCGUCUCGCUUGUUAACGUACGGAACCUGUGAGAGAAGGAGAGAGAGAGACGCCGUAGUCGCGCAUCGUGCCAUCAGAGGACCAGCCCUCAGGAUCAUCUCGAGGGAUCGACCUGACGGAUUUAUAACGUAUAAAGUGUGCGCCGCCGCCGUUGCUUUCUCGCCACGAAGGAGAUUUUUCGGGGCACUCGUCGCUCCGUUUUUUUACGAGAGUCGAGAGGUCAGUGUAGCUGGAUACCACCUGGUAGCCAGGAGGCGAGUGAGAUAAAGACAGGUGGCACGGGAAGGUAGAGCCAGCAACGGUAAGAAACGACCAGCAGCAUGGGAGCGCGACAGAGCAAGAGGUCCGUGGAUAUAACGACGACGCCGAAAAAGGAGGGCUUACCCGCCGAAGGAGGCGUCGUCGGCGACGCGGCCGCACCUGGCGACGGCAAGCUCGAGAGGAUCGAGGAGGCCGACACGAAGCCUACCACCAACGGCAUAGCGCCGCAUACGGAGGCAGUCGAGGAUAAAGAGAAGGACAAAGAUGAGGCCACCGAGAAGGAGAAGGAACCGCAGGAGGAAGUAAAAGCCGAGGAGGCGAAGCAAGAGUCGACCGGAGAAUCUGCCGCGGAAGUUGCGGAGGUCACGACGCCCACAGAGGGUAACCCUGCCAGUCCGAACGCUGUCGCCUCUCCGGACAGUAAGGAAGCCAAAAAGAAGGAUAAGAAGAAAAAGUGGUCCUUCAGGUCGAUUAGCUUUAGCAAGAAGGACAAGACUAAGCCGAGCCGCGAGGAGACGCGCAAGAACGGAGACGUCCCCAUGGACGGCAACAUGUCAGUGCAGGAACCACUCGCGGAGGGUGGCGAAGAGGCCGAGAACACAACGGCAGCGGCGAGCGGCAGCCCCACGGAUGAGAAGUCAACGGUGAGCAGUCCGUCGGCGGACGAGCAGGUAGCAGCCGCGGCGCCGGUAGCAGCAGCCGCGGCCAGCACGCCGGCCGAAGCGAAGGAGGAGGCCGCCGUCACGGCGUCGCCAGCAGCCGCUAGUCCGGCCGAGGAAAAGAAAGAAGAACCCACUCCCUCCGCCCCCACUCCCGUCCCGUCUGCCGAGGAUAAGAAAGAGGAGGCGGUCGUCGAAAAAGUCGAGGCCGAGAAAAAAGUAGUCGAGGUCAGUCCAGCCGCCGGUGGUCGGUCCGCCGACCCGAUAGAGGUCCCGGUCUUCCGAGUCCAGCCAGUCGCGACGCCGUCUAUCAUUGAGAGGAAAACCAGUGAGGACCUCCCGUCCCUGCCCCCGUCCAGUCCGCCGCCAACCCCCAUAGACCCGUCGCCCUUGCAGCAGGCUCGGCAGGCCGCGGCGAGCGCCACCGCACUCGCCGAGGCGCUCAAGCUGCCCGCCGAGGCUGCCGCCGACGAGGAGGAGGAGGAGGAAUCGGCCGCCGACGUGUUCCCGUCCUCCCCCCGCGAGUACGAUUCCCAAGAGAGCCGCGUGAAACCCGCCGCGUCCUCCCCGGUGUCGUCCGGUCCCUUCUCGACCUUCGUCCCCGCGGAGGUAGUAGUCGAGUGCCCGCCGGUGGUGGAGAUCGAGUCUCGAGAUCGAGUCGCGGAGAAGGUGGAGACGUUUGCGAGUAGCCGUGACAAUGAGAGGGGCGAGAUCGAUCCGAAGGUAGAGAGCGUGCCGGAGAGCCCGGCGGAGGAAGCGUGUGAGCGGGGAGGUGAAGAGGGGACGACGCCACGAGUGGCGGAUACGCGCGACGAUGGGCCGCUCGCCGAAUGCCGACCUGGCUCCCAAGAUCCGCUCGUUAACGUCGAGGGAGGAGUCGAGGACGCGCGCGACGAAAGCGGGAUCUCCGCAUCUCCGGAGGUGGUGAGGCCGACGACGGAUCGAGGCGAGGCGGCGGAAUUGUCCGUGGUGAUGAAAGUUCCCGGCGCGACGGAUAAAGUUGUGAAUGAGACGCUCGUGGUGGAGUGUCAGAUAAAGAGCGAGAUAAAUAACGGAGGGGAUGACGCUGCGAAGACAAAUGUAUCGGCUGACGCCGGCGGAUGUAAUGAAAAUGCAGCCGUGGUCGUCGCACCGCCGGCCGAGAUUAAAACAAAUAGCCCGUCGGCAACGCGGCGUCUCGAGGAGACGGCAGAAACGGAGAAUGCCGCGGGGGACGCUGCGCCGAUGGGACCGCUCGAGGAGAAACGUUCGGUAGAUGAGGAAACGGAACGACCGUGCGGGAGAGCGGCGGUCGAGCCUGAACAUAAUUACGCGAGAGACGCGCCGAGAGAGGCCGGAGAGGAAGGUGCGACGGUCCCCGUCGCGAGCGAGGAACCGGUGGAUCCCGAAGGAGUAGGCCUCCUCCCGUCGGACGAGACCGUUCUGGUGGAGGCCAAAGUGGCGGUUGUCAUUCCGGAGGACGACAGCGUCGAGGAAUUGACCGACACCACGGAGUCCGUGAAGGCGAUACCGGAGACCGACGAGGAGAGGAUCGAGAACGAGCCCGAGUCGGACACCGCGCUGCCCACGGAGGAGACUCUGAUCUCCGAGGAACUGGAGGACGCGCCGUCGAUCGACGCGAAGACGACGUCCGAGGACGACGUGUUGCCCCCUCCUCCGCUGUCCGAGGACGCCGCUCUGUUCGGCGCGGGAUCGCUCGCCGUGAAAGAGGAUCCGGCCACCGCGGAACUAGCCACGGCGUCGUCCCUCGCGCGAAUCGAGCAAAUUGAGGAAACCGAAAGUUACCUCCGCGCGACACCACCGGACGGCGAAUCCUGCCUCCUGAGCAGUCCGGAACCGACGCACUGCUCGUCCGAAUUCCCAGACCCUCCGACGGAAUUCCCCUCGCUGGAGGUCGGCGAGAGUCAGUCGAGCGAGCCUCAGAUGUCGUCACCUCCCCCGUCCUUCCCCCUCGAGAACAUACCCGAGGCGAUGCCGCCCAGCUUCGACGAUCCUCAGUCGUACAUCCCGAACGCGUUCGAGCACGACCCGGCCAGUCCGAGAGACCCGACAGAGACACUCCUCACGCCACCCUCGAGCCCACCGGCCUCCCAGUCCUGCGCGAAUCCCGUCGCGUCCGGCAUCGCGGCUAGCGCGAAAGAUCGCCCUCCGCAAACCCUCUCGCACGACGGGGACGACCGGAGCAAUCGCGAGUCGCAGACGACGACGACGACGGGGUCGUCGGUGAGCGCACCGACUCCCUCGGACGUUGAGUUGAAGGAGAGGCUGGCGGCCAAGUGCCUAGCGGAGACCGAAUGCCAGGAAGAGGCCUUGUCGUGUCAGUUGUCGACCGCCGUCCUGUCGGCUGCCGCCCAGGAGCAUCACCAGAGCGCCGCUCCGGAAGUCGAGGCGCCGGUAGAAAACAACGUGGCCCAUGACACCAGCACGACGGACUGCAACGACGAGCCUCCUAAAGUCGCACCACCGGCUGUCCCGACCGAGGCACCAGCCUCCCCGCCAACAGCUCCGGCCAUCACCGAGGACGUCGCCUCGGUCACCAAGGCUAUCGAGGAGAUCGACAUAAGUGAUAAGGCGGUCGCAGCGGCAGUAAACGAAGCCAUCGAAUGCAACACAAACGAAAUCAUCGCCGACGCGCACCACCAAAACAACAUAAACGAAUACGAAUAAGCGCCACUAACUGAAUUGUAUUUUGGGAAGAAGAAAGUUCUUUUCUCUCGUUAAAACCAAAAAAGUAUAUUAUAUAGAUAUGUAUAUUUGGACCAUUCCUCCAACUAAACAGAAAAAAAAACGUUCUUUCGUUACGAGCAGCAAAAGAGGAAAACGGGGCGACGACUACUACGACGAUGACGACGACGACGACGACGACAACGACGACGACGGUGAUGUUACCGCGGCAUCGCCUAUAUCGCAAUGAUAUAGACUCUAUAGUAGGCCUAUUAAAUAUUAGACGGCGUUUGGCAGCAGGGCGAACGAGAAUACACGUACGAGAGAGAAAGAGAGAGAGAGAGAGAAUCUACGAUCGUAUUAUUUAAGGACGGAUUUACGAGGUCAUGCACCGGGCGAACGUUCGAUUCUGGAGGAACACGAUGUACACGCACAUACACACACGUAUACAUAAAUUCGUACACUAACACGCGCAUAUAUACACCAUUGCCGUUUGCGCACGGAGUCUCUCUCUCACAGAGUAAAAGCGAUACUCGUCAUUCUUUGUGGCACGCGGUUAGUUCGCCGAAUCUCUUAGCCGCGUGCUCGACCGCGGGCUACAACGAUAUCGGCCCUGCUGUGUAGAAAUUUAUUAAAGUGUCAUUAUAAUUGUUACGGAGGUAAGUCUAAUAUGCUCGAACAACGCGCGACGGACAAAAAGCGAUGAUAGGAAGGAGCGAUUAAUUAAUGAUCACCGGAGAGGGUCGAUAAGGGGGAAAAAUCGUUCGUCGUGCAUUCCAGAGGAAAUACUCAUUGGAUGGCGCCCUGCCGUAAUUACGUAACUAUUGUACUCUAUGAGAGCGAAAGAGUGUGUACAAGAGAGAAUGCGAGAGAGAGAGAUUGAGUGCGAGUGAGAGAACGAGAGAAAGAGAGAGAAAGCAAGAGUCGAAAUAUAAGGGGGGAGAAGAGAUUCGCGAGAGUCAGGCUGUGCGUGAUGUAGCGAUUGACGGUGUGAAAGGGGAAAGAGAAUGAUAGCGCGCGGAACAAGAGAACCCGGCGAGAUAUAUUGGAGCCACAGGCAGUGUGUGUAUGCGUGGCAGAAUGGUAUCUUCGCCGCGGUGAGAGCGGGAAUCGGACGGAAGUACACGAGAAAUGAACCGGAAAAGAGAGAGUGAGAGAGAGAGAGGGAGAGAGAGAGACUGUGAGAAAUGAUUGAGAGAGCGACUCGUGAGACAUUCGGCAAACGAGCAAAACAAUCUCACUCGCGACGCGACUUCGGGAGAGAAAAAGAGAUAGAUAGAGAGAGAGAGAGAGAGAGAGAGAGAGAGAGAGAGAGAGAGACGCCAUCCGAUCUGUUAUUAUUAUUUCGCUCGUGUUUUCUUCGCGGUCCUUGGUUUCCCUUUUUCCGUUUUACAUCUGUACAAUCGAGACGUAUUACGUUGUUGUAACGAGGAACUGCACUUUUUUUUUUUUCCAUGACUUUGGUACGUGCGCGCGCGCGCGUGCACGCAUGCACGCACGCGCUUGCAAGCACACGAGGAGAAAGAGAGAGAGAGAGAGAGAGAGAGAAAGAGAAAGAGAGAAAGAGAGACGUUGACACACGACACACGCAAAGGGACAUUUACACCGCGUAUACGUAUAUACGUACCAUGGAACAUACGAAAUAAAGUAUAUACAGUAAGUCGAAACGAGAUGUAAGUGAUAUAUUAAUCUAGACUAUAGAGAAUGCGUUUGUGUAAAUUCGGCGUUUAUUCGACAUGCUACUUCUCCAAUACAAGAGGGAGAGAAACACUUACGACGAAGCCUAAUCGUAAUUUUUAUGAUAAUCAUUAAAGUAUCGCCUAAUUACAAUUUACUACGAAGACAUGCACAACUUACCACCCGGAAUGGUACCUUUUUCAAGUUUUUCAUACGAUGUUUCUACGUUUAUACGGAUCUCCAGAAGUAAAAGAGUAAUUAUUACGUA